AUGUCGCUCGCAUCUGGAGUUACCAUUGCCGAUGACUGCCUCACCAAGUUCAACGACUUCCGCAUGACCGGCGGCAGCAAGGGCGAGAAGCCUAAGUUCAUCAUCUUCAAGAUCGCCGAUAACAAGAAGGAGGUUGUCGUUGAUGAAGUUUCCUCCGAACAAGACUAUGAAGUCUUCCGCAACAAGCUUGCAGCUGCUCAGGACAGCAAAGGCAAUCCUGCCCCCCGUUACGCAGUCUACGAUGUCGAGUACGAGCUCGGUAGCGAAGGCAAGAGGAGCAAGAUAAUCUUCAUCUCCUGGGUUCCUAGUGACACCCCGACUCUCUGGUCUAUGAUCUACGCCAGCACUAGGGAGGUUCUGAAGAACGCCCUCAACAUCCACACCUCCAUCCACGCCGACGACAAAGGCGACAUUGAGUGGAAGACUGUUCUGAAUGAAGCCAGCGGCGGAAAGGCUGGUAAAUAA